AUUUGUUUUGGAUGGCUCUUUGCGUGUGGUCCAUUCGUGACGAUGAAGACAUCCCGAGGCGCGAGGGGUGCAAGCAAGGGGAGGAGUGCAAGAAGAACCGGCACAGUGUCUUGUCGGGGGCAGCCGGCGUGCUCCGAAGGGGUUGUGCAGCAAAGGCGGCCACCGGAGCAGGAUGAUUUUCCCCAAAUGGGAGAAGGAUAUGAGGAUGAAUAUGUUUUAGAAGACGGAGAGUUCGUGGCAGGAGAAGGCGAAGGAGAGGAAGAGGAAGGAGAGGGAGAGGAAGGAGAGGAAGAGGAAGAGGAAGAGGAAGGAGUAGAAGAAGAAGAAGAAGAAGAAGAGGAAGGAGAAGAAGACGAAGAAGAAGAAGAAGAAGAAGAAGAAGAAGAAGAAGAGGAAGAGGACGAGGAAGAAGAUCCAAUGGAGGAGGACGACAGCUGGCAGAGAGAGUUCCUCGAGUCGAGGCCCGUUCGCAGCGACUUCAGGUAUUCUUUUGGGCCAUAGGAAGCAGAAAAAUCACAAACUCUGACGACGACGACGACGACGGCCACGAAGGGUGGCUCCAAAGCGAGGUCGCAGCAUCCCAAAGAUGUGAUUUCUCCUCAAACCAUUGUCGGGUUUUCCGGUAGUCUGGAAAGGGGAUCGGGUACAAAGACGAUUCCCAGGAAGAUUCGCGGGAAGAAAACAGUCACACCGGGUCCGCCUCAUCCAGAAGGGCAAGGGGAGGGGAAGGGAAGGGAAAAGGAACUCCAAGUACCCCAAGGUUUCGUGCCGAACGAGUGCACAGAAGAUUUGACAAAAACUUGGGAGGAGUUGAAGAGUUUGAAGGAGAAGAAACUUUCACACGAGUCCUUUUACCUGCCGAUGAGAUGUUUGAAGAGGCCACCUCUGGUGAAUGGGAAAAGACCAAUGGAGGUGAGAGAGUCGGAUGAGGACCAUGUGAAGUCCAUCAUGGACUCCAUGUUGAAGCAGCCAACUAGAUAUCAUCUUCCUUUCGUUGGCCUAGUCGACCUUGCCCAGGCCGGGUGCAAAGAAGACGUGAGCUUGACGAAACUGAGAGCCGGCCACUACGACAUUUUUGUGCUUGGUGGUGCCCACAGUCGGGAAGCGAGGGAGCGGUUAGCACGCAUGAACCCCGACAACGAGGAGUACCAGUACAAUGUGUGCUAUGUUUACGUUGGCCUCACGAUCGAUGAGGCGAGGCAGGUUGCCCACAGGCAUAACCUUGCGGCAGGUUACCACAGGGACUUGAGCUUCAUCGAGAAGCUCAGGUGUUGGCGCCAAGUCUUUGAAGGCAGGGGGUGCGUCAAGUCGCAAGAAGUGAAGCUCGCUUGCCUGAAAGAAGCAGGGAUUCCAAACGCGGCGAAGAAAUUGAACGCCCAAGACCCAUUGCUGCAGUGUGCUUUCAAACCCCAAGAGAUUUGGGAGCUCAUGUGUAAGAUCAUGAGCAUGUGGCAGAAGGGCGAGGUCAAAGGCCAAAAACUGAAGCCAGCUGCGAGGAGCUUCUUGAAAGCGGACCAGAAUCUGGAAACGAGCGAGUCCGAGGGCGCGAAGAAAAGCCAGCGUGGGAAGAGGCUUGAUAGGGCGGCUGCGAAGAAGCAAGAAAUGGCGCUUCUUUAUCCACGGGUGCAACUGCAGGGUAACAAGGUCCCCAUGGUCGCCGAGGACAUGCCAACGCAACACUGGAUAACCAUGGUGGGGGUGGGCGCUGAUGACUUCAAGGACACCGAGAAGCAGUAUCCUCUCCACACAAAGAAAGAGAUUUUGGAGAAGUUUGUUGGUGGCAUCAGAAGGGGUCAGACAAGUAUCCCCGCACUGGAUGGCCAUAUUAAACGGGGCAUUGAAUGGAAGAACAAGGAGAGGAGACUGCAAGCGAAGAACGCUAUUCACGCGUUCCGUACGAAACCUCUCGUGGAACCGUUCGUCGAGUGGACGAAGGUGACACACGACAACGACUCGGCGGAAGUGAAAAUUAUCAAUGGCGACAUGCGCUUGCUGUCGAAGCUGCAGACAGAAAAACUGUCAAUAUCUCUGGCUAUUUUCGACUUCCCUUACGGGUUCGAGCAUGAGGGCCACGCAUCUGAUAAUGAGCCGUUUCCGGAGUCGGACGUUGUGGAGGUUCUUCGCAAUCUGAAGGACGUUUCCAGUGCCCCGUUGUGGACAGUUGCGGGAUUCUGUUCCGUGGACAUGCUUCCUUCCAUCCGUGCCGCGUUCCGGGAGGUUUGCAAUGCAAGGCAGGAGCUUUUGACGUGGUGCAAGCCUAAUGUGACGAAUCCGGGUGGGCCGCGGCUUGUGAGUGCGACCGAAUUCUGCGUGCUCGGCUACUACAGUGAGAGUGGGCAGCGCGAGAUGACGCAUUACAAUUUUGAUCCCAAGCUGAUAUGCGUCACAAUUUCCAGCUCUUCAAUGUUGUAACGCAGAAGUACCAGCACCCUGGUGGCGGUGUUCUCUGCCCGUACCAGAAGCCGUAUACUUUGUACUCCUGGCUUGUGAACAAAUUCUCUCCCGCAAG